AUGCAAGGGAUCGGGUACAGCUGCGCAACAAACAACAGCCCAAGCUGCACCAAAGUCACGAAGUCACCUGGGUUUGCAACUGAGAAUCGAUGGCUCUUAGCCGUGAUUAUAAUGCAUCCAUUUUCCUACCUACCCACCGGCAUUGCAAGCUUCCUGGGUAUGUCUACGGGUGGCAUAGGUCCGGGAUAUCCGACCACCAUGGACAAUGGCAGUGCAGUUAUGGCCCAGCAACUACCGCAGAAGAGUGAUAUCCACCAUCACCUCGUCCCCGAUUUCUUUCGUCAGGCCGUUGAAGAUGCAGGCGGCGACCCAACAGGCUUGCCAGUCCCCGCAUGGACCGUCGAGGACUCUCUCCAGGACAUGCAGGAUAAUGGUGUCCGUAAAGCCAUCCUUUCGUUAACCACCCCAGGUGCAGUCAUUACUGGCAACAACGACACAGCUCGGUCGCUAGCCCGAAGGGUCAAUGAAUAUGCCGCCAACCUGCGCGACCAGAACCCCGAACGGUUCGGAUUCUUCGCCGCGCUGCCUUCUCUCCUGGAUGUACCUGGUACAUUGGCUGAAAUCGAGUACUCCCUCGACACACUCAAAGCCGACGGGGUCACCGUGUUCACCCGAUACGGCGAUGGAAACAACUACCUAGGUCAUUCUCAGUUCACCCCCAUAUGGAAGGAACUGGAUGAUCGCAAAACCGUGGUUCAUAUCCAUCCUACCAUGCCUGAUGACACCAAUUGGAUUGAUCCGAUUAUGCCGCCUCCGAUGCUUGACUUCCCUCAGGAGACUACACGGACUGCUGUGGAUAUGAUAGUUAACAACGUCACGCAGCAGUUCCCGAACUGUCCCAAGAUUCUCUCGCACGCGGGUGGGACAUUGCCGUAUCUGAUCUCGCGGCUGGCUGUAACUUCCCGAGACACGAUGGCCCAAAAGGGUCCCUAUGGAAAGACUUACUUUGAAUUUAUGGAGGCAUUGCGUGGGUUUUAUUAUGACCUUGCUCUUUCGAGUGCUCCGGCUGUCCUGAAUCUUCUGCUGGAUCUGAUACCGCAUGACCGUAUUAUGUAUGGGUCCGAUUACCCGAAUGCUCCUCCGAUCAAAGUAGCUGGAUACCGAGAGAACCUAGAUGCGUUUCAUAUGAACGAGGAGCUACGGGAUAUGGUCUAUUUCGGGAACGCGCAGAAACUUCUGUCUGGAGCUUGA